UCCAAAUCAUUAUAUGCUUUUUAAUUUAGAUUUAAAUAAUUCAACUGCAUCAUUCUUAUUGAUCCAUGUGGACAAAGAUACGACACAUUUGAGGUACCAUAGAAUCUAUCUGAUGAAAAUCAUUGAAGAAGGGGAAAUUUGGCACUUUCAUGGGGGGUGUGGGUUUCCAUCAUGAUAAGAAGGCACGUGUACCGUCGAGGUCAGGAUGGUGAUAGAUUCUAUGAGCAGCCAUUGGAUUCCAUCAAAAAGGUACAAAAAAACCCAAAAUAACUAAAAACAAAGCCCGACCCGCUUUCUCCACUCUCUGCCACUCUCUGCUCCUGCUACUGUCCAGAUCCAUUCUAUCGUCAGUAAUGGAACACCACCCAAAAUCAGCCCCCACCGCCGAUUCCCGUCGGCCGACCACCAACCAGGAUCCCGACACCGUUCGCCGCCCCAAAAGGCAUAGAAGUUGCCCCACCCCUCUCCACUCCGUCGGCCGCUCCGACGAACCCUCUUUCACCUUCGACACCAAAAUCUCCGACGACUCCGCUCCGGAGACCACGCCGAGGUUCGGGUUCUUCAGCGACUGCAUAAAGACCGGCAAGCUUCUGAAUGAAGACCAAAUCGGAGACGGCGAAGUGGGCCGCCUCGGCGGCGGCGGCGGCGAUUACGCUCAGAAUCAGAAAGGAGCUGUGGGCUAGUUGUAACAAAAAUGUUUUAGUUACACACUUUUCUUACACACUCCUACACACUAUAAAAAGGCUUAAUUUUUUUUACCUUCUUUUCUCUUACGGUUUACCCUCUCUCCCACUUCUUUCUUUUACGACCUCUCCCCCUCUUCUCCAUUUCUUCUUUUAAUUUCCAUAUCUCUCCUCAUUCUUCUUCCUUUGUUUCUUCUUGCACCAACCAAACACAAAGGCUCGGCCCUUUCAGCCACCAACACCCGUUCAUUUUCCCUUGUAGCCCCGUAAUCCACUCUCCUCAAUUUCGAGACCAACCAGCUGUGUGGCUGCAGCGAGAAUCGUUGCACACGACGAGAGUGAGAUACUGAGAUGGUCGAUUUGUGCUGCUCGAACAAGAAGGUCCGAUCAAACAGUCCAUAAUAUUGAGAUUAUUGAUGAAUGGACAACUCAAGUAAGAGCUGGGGCAGAUGAUAAAAACCUGGAGUCUCUGAGGAUGUAAAUCACCUUCUAUUUUCAGCAAUUGUCCCUGAUAACUGAGCCUGUGUUCAGUGGCGGAUCCAGGAAUCAGAGCUAUUGGGGGCAGGGAUGGACCGGUCCCGGAUCGGGCUUAGGGUGGGCCUGGGUCCGGGAAAUGGAGGCCCGGAACCGGACCGGCUAUGUUCCGGGACCGGGCCGGGCCCGGGUCUAGUAAUGUUUUUGUUUUUUGGUUUUUCUCAUUUAUUCUUACCCCCCUCCCCCAAACCACCCAGCCCAAUCCCGCUCUUACCCAAACCAUUCAAAAAAAAAUGGGCCCGGAUCGGUCCCGGAACAUAUACAGAUCUUUCUAAUAAAGUAUUUGAGAAAUUUCAACUAAUAAAGUAUAUUACAAUAUAAAAAACCUAAAAAAGUAAUUCGCAACUGCUCUCUUCGAGUUUUCGUCUUUUUAAAGAGAUCUAUUAUAGUUUGAUUUGUGACAGAUUCAAAUACAGAUCUUUCUAUAAAGCAAACAAGAUAGUUACUCAGAAAUUGAUAACCAUUUCUUGAGGAGUAGAAAUAGCAUAUUGAGAAGUAUUAUUCAAAAAUUGUCCAAAAAAUCUGAUAAACAAUGCAAUUAUUUUUUGAGUUAAGGGUCAGUUUGGUACUCGAAGUUGCAUAAAAAGGAUUAAAUAAAUCCUUAUAUAGGAGGCUCUGUCUGGCCGUCGCCAUUUGGGGCACUUUCCGGUGGAUUUUCUUCACGAAUUUUUUUGAGCAUGUUAUUCAUUAAGUCUAGUUUACUCAUACCAAAUUUCAGCUAAUACUUCAAUCGGGAAGACAUUCAAAUGAAUUCUUGAAAAUAACUGUGCGGUUAAAAGCAUAGUUAUCUUCAAGAAUUCAUUUGAAUGCCUCCCUGAUUGAAGUUUUAGCUAAAAUUUGGUAUGAGUAAACUAGACUUAAUUAAUAAGACUCUCAAAAAAUUUCAUCAAAAAAUUCCUCCAAGAACCGCCCCAAAUGACGACGGCCGGACAGUAAGGACUUAUUUGACACUUUUUAUGCAACUUCGAGUACCAAAUUGACCUUUUACUCAUUAUUUUUUUUAUAACUAAUGUAUUCUUUUGUCUCUUUAUAUAUCUUAAUUCUUCUACGAGAGUGGUAGCCAUGUAAAAUUUAUAUUUUAUAUGGGUUUCUUAAUUCGUAAAUCAAAGAACUAUUUAUAGCUAGUUGUAAAUUUUAGAUUGUUAAUUUUAACACUUUAUAAAUUAGGAUAAAUUAUACUCUGUAUGGUUUAUUCAUUACUCCUUAUAUCUAAACAUCAUCUAAAAUACUACUCCGUAUUAACACUUUAUUUGAUGAAACUAUGAAAGCUCAAAUCUACACGGAGUAUUCUUUUGGCAUCUGGGCACUACCGUUUCAUUGGGUUCUUUUAUUGUGGCUGACUCGAGUUCGGUGGAAAGGUUUGUGGGGGGCAUUUGAUUUUUUGUAUUGGGGGCAAUUAUCUGAAUUUAAAAUUUUCCUUGGACGUUGUUAUUGUUCUGCCAGACCACCUCCUACAACAGAAGAAAGUGAAGCCUCUGAAGAAAGUAUACAAAAUCAUAUGGACAUUAGACUAUUUAGUGAUUAGAAGUUAAAGCAGUCCUGUAUUGUAACUUUUGCCAUUUGCGGAUCUGGUGAAUAUUUUAGCUCACAUGUAUUGUAUAGUUGUUGAAUUUUAUGAAUUCCUAUUUAUAUUUCUUGAUGUAA